AGCUGCUUUUACUUUGAGGAGGAUGUUUAUGUAAGACAAAUUGUUUUUAAAAAAAUCUAUAAAGGUGCAGUUGGCAAUAUUUUUGUGUUUUAAAUAUUUUGUUGAAAUCAGUUGUUUCAACUUUUGCUAUGACUCUUCAAACAAAGGUCAGAGACUGUGGACCGAUAUAUAUAAAAAUUAACUCAAGUCAACGAAUGGCGGUGUUUUCUUACGCUAUAGGAGAUAGUCCCGAUGAAUUUUUUGUUGGCGUUGAAAGAAAUUGCCUUGUUGUCAUAAUGCAGUCCCAGCAUAAUUUAAAACUCAACCUUUCGGCAAUCAACGACGGCAUCUGGCAUCACCUGUCCAUCAUAAUUGGUCGCACUCGUAAAAAAAUAUUUCUUAAUGGAAGUACAAUUUAUAGCGAACCUAUGGUCAAUCAUUCAUUACCUUUAUUACGUGGUGGUGGUGUUGUUGCUAUUGGUCAAAAACUUGAAUAUUUUUCAUCAUGCAAAGAAGCAAUGAAAUAUGGCAGUUCAAAAGAUGGUGUGUACUUGAUAAAGACGGAUACUUCACUUGGCUACAGCAGAGUUUUCUGUAUGAAAAACAUAUUGGGUUGUUCUGGAGAAGGCUGGACGCUGGUGAUGAAAAUUGAUGGGGAAAAGAAAACAUUUGACUUCGACUCAUCGCUUUGGAAGAAUAAAAAUAGUUACAAGAUAGAAAAUGGUAAAACAGGAUUGGAUAAUUUGGAAACAAAACUUCCUACCUACUGGAGCACAAAAAUAAACAAGAUAUGUGUUGGAAUGAAAUUCAAAGAUGAAACAAAUUUUAUGAGCUUCAAAUUUCAGGCUAAAUCAUUGUACGAUGUUAUUGCCGAUGGAAAAUACCAUCAAACCAAUGUCAGCCAAAACGAAUGGAUGUCAUUGAUUAAAGACAGUGUUCUUCAACAAAACUGCAAUAAAGAAGGAUUCAACGCAAAGGCAGAAUUAGAGACAUUUGCUCGUAUAAGGAUUGGUAUCGUGGGAAAUAAUGAAAAUGAUUGUCGGACAAGCGACUCUUUCAUUGGUUUUGGUGGUCUAUACAACAGUAUUUACUGCGGGGGGAAAUUUCAAAUCAACAGCUGCGGGAACUCAGCUUAUUGCACAGGGAAGCCGUUAAUAGAGCUUAGAUCAAUGGGAUACAUUUUUGUUUCUUAAUUACAAUAGUGGUAAUAGGAACCACAUUUAUUCUUGUUUCAGGCUAUAUAUAUUUGUAAUUUGAUUUAUGUAGAGCUAUCUGUAGAUGUACUUUCUUUCGAAGUAAGCUUUGAAAACUAUAUUCAACCAUGUUUGUUUGAGUAAUGUUUAGCAAAUUUUUUCAAAACUUAUUAGAAAAUCAUUUUUUCAA